AUGAAAAAGAGCUACAGGGGCCGAACUGUUGCUGGAGUCCAGGAGCGGUGGAAGGCGCAAACAGAGGCUGAGUGGGGAGAGUCCUCUUUGGCCGGCACUGGCCGGAGUGAGUCGACAGGGGCGAGGGGCGGAGUGCGGGGAGCCCGAGAAGCCGGAGGAGCCGCCGUUGCCGUCUCUGCGGCGUCGGAGCUGCGCCUAGGGAGCGAGGCGGGAGGGCGCUCCGGGCGGCUCCGCCAGGCCACUGGGACGAGGUUAUGCGGCUGCAGGAACCUCACUAACUUUCUGAGCGGAAGAGAAGGAUGUGGAAGGGGCUCUGAACGAGAAGCAGUCAACUCGCAGCACCCGGCAUCUCCCGGCCCUUCGUGCGUACGCCCCGUGGGGCGGUCAGCUAGGCGGUCGGGCGGCGCGGGGCGGCGGCGGCGGCGGCUCAUGUCCGGCGCGGGCGAAGCCCUCGCUCCCGGGCCCACGGGGCCUCAGCGCACAGCCGAGGCGGGCGGCGGCCGACUCGGCGCCCCGGCCCAGG